AUGUCAAUGCCAGCCAUGGCUUUCUUCGGGAGGAUGGCAUUUGCCUUUGUCUUUUUCAUUUCUGCUGUCCAAGAUUAUGCUGAUCAUUAUGGCGAUGGCGGACCGAUUGAAAAGACGAUAGGACCAGCAGUGAAUUUGCUGACCAGAUUCGGAUCUAAGAUUCUCACGUUUUACACUGGAAUGCAAGUGGUUGCGUUCGAUGUUAAACUUCUUGAGUUUUCACUCAUUAGCGCAAAAGCUACUGGAGCUUUAUGGUUCAUCUUUGGACAAUCCAUCCCAGCUUACUUCUUGCUCGUAACGCAAAUUCUCUCAACCGUUAUUCCUUUCCCUACCAACUUGAACGACUUCACUCAGAACUUGACGUUAAUCGGGGCGUUGCUCUAUUACAUUGGGUUGAAGCAUAACAUCGACACUCUCUACGAGGAAAAGAAGAGAAAGGAGGAGAAGAGAGAGGAGGAAAGUAAGAGAAAAGAGGAAAAGAAGAGAAAGGAGAAGCAGCCAGAAGAUGAUAAAUAA